GGGGGGAAGGGGGGGGUGCUUGUUCACCUGGCUGAGCAGGCCUUCUGCCUUUCCUCCUCCUCUCUCGCCUCACGGGCGUCGUAGUGCAGAGUGAACCCCCACCACCCCGCGCCAAAUCCGAGCUGGCCUGAAAAGUGGAAGGAACCGGCAGCUUUCGCCAGGCAUCUCCAAAUGCCCUCCCGGCACCCCAAGCCCCACCUCCCUGUAGAAAUCGCCACUGUUGGUCGUGCCUUGUUCUUUCAGACGCUGCCUUAGAAGUGGGGGGAAGCACUGUGGCGGCCCCAGGCUAGAGAGGCCACCGUGCCUCUCAGAUGGCCAGAGCACAGCGCGAGGUUGGUGUUCCCACAGCGCUAAGGAUAGAUGGAGCAGAGCCUGUGUGAUGCUGGAUGACACCCACCCUGGUGACAACAUGGCUCACUUCGAUACAGAGUAUCAGCGGCUGGAAGCCUCAUACAAUGACUCUCCCCCUGGAGAAGAGGACUUGAUGGUUCAUGUCCCUGAGGGCAGUAAAUCUCCCUGGCACCACAUUGAGAAUUUGGAUCUCUUUUUCUCUCGCGUCUAUAACCUGCACCAGAAGAAUGGCUUCACUUGCAUGCUCAUCAGCGAGAUCUUUGAGUUAAUGCAGUUCAUCUUUGUUGUGGCCUUCACCACAUUCCUUGUCAGCUGUGUUGACUAUGACAUCCUUUUUGCCAACAAGCUGGUGAAUCACAGCCAUCAUUCCAGUGACCCAGUCAAGGUGACCCUGCCAGAUGCCUUCCUGCCUCCCAAUGAGUGCAGUGCCAGGAUUCAGGCCAAUGGCUUUCUCCUCUCCAUUCUGGUGAUUGCGGGGGUCUUCUGGAUCCAUCGACUGAUUAAGUUCAUCUACAACAUUUGCUGCUAUUGGGAAAUCCACUCCUUUUACAUCAACGCCCUCAAGAUUCCUAUGUCCAAUUUACCCUACUACACAUGGCAGGAGGUCCAGGCCCGGAUUGUGCAGAUCCAGAAGGAGCACCAGAUCUGCAUCCACAAGAAAGAGCUGACGGAGCUGGACGUCUACCACCGCAUCCUGCGUUUCAAGAACUACAUGGUAGCCAUGGUGAACAAAUCACUACUCCCCGUGCGCUUCCACCUUCCCCUGCUGGGCGACACAGUCUUCUAUACCCGGGGCCUCAAGUACAACUUUGAGCUCAUCUUCUUCUGGGGCCCCGGCUCCCUCUUUGAGAACGAGUGGAGCCUCAAGGCCGAGUACAAGCGAGGCAGCAACCGCCUGGAGCUGGCUGAUAAACUGGGCACCCGCAUCCUGUGGAUUGGCAUUGCCAACUUCCUGCUCUGUCCACUGAUCCUAAUCUGGCAGAUCCUCUACGCUUUCUUCAGCUACACGGAGAUUCUCAAGCGAGAACCGGGCAGCCUGGGGGCGCGUUGUUGGUCCCUCUAUGGCCGCUGUUACCUGCGCCACUUCAACGAGCUGGACCACGAGUUGCACUCGCGCCUCAGCAAGGGCUACAAGCCAGCCUCCAAGUACAUGAACUGUUUCAUUUCUCCCCUCUUCACCAUUGUGGCAAAGAACGUGGCGUUUUUUGCUGGGUCCAUCCUUGCUGUCCUCAUUGCCCUCACCAUUUAUGAUGAAGACGUACUUGCUGUGGAGCACGUCCUCACCACUGUCACCAUCCUGGGGGUGGCAGUCACUGUCUGCAGAUCCUUUAUUCCAGACCAGCACCUGGUAUUCUGCCCAGAGCAGCUGCUUCGAGUGAUUCUUGCACACAUCCACUACAUGCCUGAUCACUGGCAAGGCAACGCCCACCGCUACGAGACCCGAGAUGAGUUCGCCCAACUCUUCCAGUACAAAGCGGUAUUCAUUCUGGAAGAGCUGAUCAGCCCCAUUGUAACUCCCUUGAUCCUCAUCUUCUGUCUGAGGCCCAAAGCCCUGGAGAUCAUUGACUUCUUCCGCAACUUCACAGUGGAGGUGGUGGGUGUGGGAGACACCUGCUCCUUUGCUCAGAUGGAUGUGCGCCAGCAUGGACACCCUGCAUGGAUGUCAGCUGGGAAGACGGAGGCUUCCAUUUACCAGCAGGCUGAGGAUGGCAAGACGGAGCUGUCUCUCAUGCACUUUGCCAUCACCAACCCGCACUGGCAGCCGCCUCGGGAGAGUACGGCUUUCAUCGGCUUGCUCAAGGAACGCGUGCACCGGGACAGCAGCCUGGCGCUGGCCCAGCAGGCGGUGCUCCCUGACAACACGCUCUUCACCUCCAUCCAGUCCCUACAGUCGGAAUCUGAGCCGCACAGUCUGAUUGCCAAUGUGAUUGCAGGCUCCUCAGCACUGGGUUACCAGGCAGUCCGUGAUGCCCAGGCCUCACGGCAUCUCUCAGCUGUGUCUGAGGUGGCCUCUGCGCUGCGUUCUUUCUCCCCUCUUCAGUCUACUCAGACGACCCACGGGAGUUCCCAUGCUGAUGGCUCCCAACUUCGGGGCCCUGGCACAAUGGCAGGCUCAGGGGCUGAUGCGAGAACAGCUAGUUCUGGCAGCAGUGCCUGGGAGGGUCAGCUCCAGAGCCUGAUCCUUUCGGAAUAUGCCUCUACUGAGAUGAGUCUGCACGCACUCUACAUGCACGAGUUGCACAAGCAGCACGCCCAGUUGGAUCUUGAGCGGCACUUGUGGCACCGGCGAGAGAGCGAUGAGAGCGGUGAGAGCGCCCAGGAGGAGCCGGAGGCUCAACGGGGCACCCCUAGCAGCGCCAUUCCUCGCUCCGCCAGCUAUCCUCUCGCUUCGCCUCGCCAGGCUGGAGACGAGACAGCUGCUCUGCAAGGGGGCUUCCAGCGCCGAUACGGUGGCGUCUCAGACCCAGGUACGGUGAACAGGGCCCCGUCACACUUUGCUCGCCUGCCACUCGGGGGUUGGGCUGAGGAUGGCCAGACUGCUCGACACCCAGAGCCUGUCCCAGAAGAGAGCUCGGAAGAUGAGUUGCCCCCUCAGAUACACAAGGUGUAGCUGUGAAGGCUGAAGAUCCCAUGGGGGCUCCAGAUUCUGGGCCCGCCACAGCUGCUGGGACAUUGGGUUACCCUGCCCUACAAGGGAUGGGUCAGCUCAAGUGUCCACGCCCUGGACGUCAGUACCGGAGGGAAGAAGUUGCAAGUCAGCAGUGCCUUUGUGGUGGGCGGAACUCUAUCCAGACAUGCAUCAUGCCAGUGGCACGCUAGCUGUGCGUAGGCGGGAUGUGUGUGUGAUUACAUAUAUUUGUCCGUGUCUGCAUAUGUGUCGUCCAUGUUGGAGAAUCAUCCGAGACCUGCACAGAACGCCGCGGAGCUCACAAGAGAGCAGGGAGAUGGACAGGCACUCACCCUGCCACAAAUGUUCCAUGGUGGGAGGAGGACCUGCAAUACGGAUCCCGUUCAGAGGCAGGAGAAGCUGUACCUCUGUCCAGACAGCAGCAUAAUUGAAGAUGCAAUCAUGUGAUAGAUUAGGACUCAGGAAAAGAAGGGCUGUGAGAUAUUAUUUUUGUAACAGUAAUGGAGCACAGGCUUCCUCCAGUGGCAGAGCCUGGCUCAGAUGGAGCUUUCCACACACAAAAAGUGUGUGGAUCCUUUUUUUCUGCCUUCCCUACUGCCGCAGGCUUUGCCUUCCGGGUGCACAAUUGAUUCCACUCUGCUUGGGGCCACAUUUAUUGAAUGUCCCUAUUGCAGUAUCGAAGCACAGGCUGAGAAUGGUGACGCACUGCACCUUUACCAGGGUUUGCUUGAGCCGGUAGCUGUAGCAACCUAAGUCAUCUCCACACUUACCAGAUCAUCCCAAGCUUGAGCACCUCGUUCUCCAGAGAGAGGGCUCUGUUUGGAGGAAGCCCCUUGCUCUUACCUUGCUUGUCCUGCUAGGACUUUAGAAUUGAGAAUGAGGCUCUGCAUCAUGUACUGUACAUGGCUGCAUGGGUGGAAGGAGGACAGGCACCAUCAUGCGAUUUAAAUGUAUCCCAGAUUCUCAGGCCCUGCUUGGGUUAUUCUCAAACUAGGUGCUGCCCCACUUGUGAUGUAUGUGUGUUUUUGUCCGGGUGCCUUGACAGUAAGCAUCCAGUUCUCGUGGAAGUGCCAGCAAGUGAAGGGUUCCUACCUGCCAAAAUAAAUAGAAAUCUGUCACUAUCUUAAAAAUUAGGGAAGGAAUGGGCUUCAGGUUCUUCUUGAAAGAGCAGGGGCCCCCAAAGCAUUAUUUUGAGCUGCCUGCUGAAACUCUGCUUGUUCUACUGGUGCUCCGCUUAUACUAAAGAAUGUCGUUCCACUCUUGCACGUACUCCACCGCCCUUUUACCAUUGCUAUCUGGCCCUAGCAAAGCAACAGGAGACCUCAUGGUUUGCAUCUCUUACAUCGCUAUGGCCUUGUUCAGAAAACAAACCCCGUGAACAAGGCUUUUUGCCUUCUUCACCAUGGUUAAAGGUGUGGUUAAGGUGUCUUCUGAACAGGGCCUAUGAAUCCUCUCUAGUGGGCCAGUCAAAGCUUUGCAUCCCAAGAAAGUGUGGUAAAAUGCAGCCA